AAUUGUCUGGAGCCGCCACUGUCUGUCAAACAGGUUGUGUGCUUUUGUAUCUUAUGUUUUGUUUUCACGCAGUGCAACUGUCGUCACUGUCAUUUUUAACGCUUAUUAAAACGUGACGACCUUUAUAAAACAUAAAACUUGUCGUCAUGCGGUUUUAGAAUGUAUCAAAUCUCUAGAUCAGUUAAAACAAACUCAUGAGGCGCGCUCCCGUGAUGGGAAAAUCUGAUUAAGAUUUAAUCCUCAGUCCAGAAACCUUUCUAAAUUCUAAUUUAUGUUCCCUUGAAAUGUUCAACUAGCACGAAAAAUGGGAAACUUUAAUUCAGGGAUCUUGUUACAGUGUGCUUACUGAUUUCUGUAUUUUUAAGAGCUUGUAAAUGUACGUUGCACUGCUGUUAUGUGUUGUAAUAUAUUUGCAUAAGUAUGGCUAUAUGUGUAACUGAGAUAUAACGCACCAAAAGAUGAUGAUCAUCAGCUAUGGCAAAUAUAGUGCUACUAAAGUUUAAUGCUUUGUAAGUGAUUUCAGAUUAGAAAUUAAUCCUUGAACGAAAGAUAUGGGGACACGAAAAGUUUUGGUGACAGGAUGCUCCUCUGGAAUUGGUUUGGCGUUGGCUGUCCGUCUCGCAAAAGAUAACUUAAGGCGAUUCAAAGUUGUGGCCACUAUGAGGGACCUGGAUAAGAGAGAAGCUCUGGAGAGAGCAGCUGGAAAAUCCCUCAACAGAUCGCUGGAGAUCCGACAGCUGGAUGCCACCUGUGAGGACUCCAUCAGAGAGUGUGUCAACAGUUUACCAGAUCGACAAGUGGAUGUGUUGGUGAAUAAUGCCGGUGUGGGUAUGAUUGGUCCUUUGGAGUGUCAGAAUGUAAGUGCUAUGCAGGAACUCUUCAACACUAACUUCUUUGGGCUGGUGAGACUGGUAAAGGAACUGCUUCCUGACAUGAAGCGGCGUCAGAGUGGACACAUCAUAGUGAUGGGCAGCGUCCUGGGAAUCCAGGGACUACUUUUCAAUGAUGUCUAUGCUGCCUCUAAAUUUGCUGUAGAGGGGUUUUGUGAGAGUCUUGCCGUGCAAGCUAUGAAGUUCAAUGUCAAGAUGACGUUAGUGGAGCCAGGCCCAGUUGUAACUGAGUUUGAGAAGAAAGUGUAUGAAGAGGCAGAGAAGAUGGAUCUCUCAGAGACUGACGAGGAGACCGCUCGCAUCUUCCGUCAGAUCUACCUGAAAUAUUCACAUGAAGUUUUUUACUCAGUCGGCCAGACACCUAAGGAAGUGGCAGAGAAAACUCUCCAGCUAAUUGUGUCCAAAAACCCUCCAUUUCGUCAUCAGACCAAUCGUUUGUACAGGCCACUGACUGCCAUGAAGCAUGCUGACCCUACUGGGCAUCUACCCUUAGAUGCAUUCUAUAAAAUGAUCUUCCAGCAUGACCAUAUGUUCAAUGCUAGUCUGAGUAUACUACGCAUACUUCACAGGAGAAUGGGUGCUGCCCAAAAAUCUCUCCAUUGAUUCUGAUGAGGAAAAACUUUACAAAAGCAUUUCAGAGACAGUUUUAUGCCCCAAAAAUGGGUCAGUACUCAAUGCAAAUAAUAAAAUGCAACAAAAACCGAUAGCAUAGCAAGAGGUUUACUAUUAGGACGGGUUGCAAUUUGAUGUCUAAUGUAAAGUCUGGAUCCUGAAGCAGUGUUCUAUCUUUAACCUCAAGACAACUGUAAUAAUCAUGAAUACAUGAAGUACAUAAUGUUUAGAUGCAAACUGCAGUGUAACAGCUCUAGUGUCCUUUUCAUGUUGUAAUGUUUUUUUUACCAGUCAAGGAGCUGUAUUUAGAUUUCAGAAACCCUUCUUAUUAGCGGGGGACAUUAAGUGAACGGCAGCCAUCAACUUAAAUGCUUGUGCUUGCCCUAGUGCACAUGUACAAGAGACUUAAGGCGAUUCAGUGCCCAAUAUACUCACGAAGUUCUUUUUUAGUUCUUUGCUUAGAAGUCAAAUAAUGUUGGAAAUAAAUUGGCUACCAAACAUCUAGAUGUUGUUCAUGCUACUAAGAGCAAGGUUUAGAUUAAUAUGUAAAUGUGGGCUGAUAAUAUAGUUUAUGCAAA